UAUUAUCAAUGAUCUUCUUCAAAAAGACAAGGCCUAUUUACAUGAAGUCUUACAUAGGUUUGGUUAUUUUGUAAGAUUUUGGAAAAGUUAUGAAGAUUCAGAAUUAGGACAACAAAUAUUAGAUCGAUUAGAGUUAAGAUAG